AUGAACCCCAACAAGAAGUGGGACAUCUACUGUGACAGCCUCCAGGCCUCGCUCUUCUACUACAGUCCCGUCUACCAACAUAUUACGGAGCUAGAUGAAAAGUACCAACGUGUGCUGCUCGCAGCAACGUCGCUGCGUCCCUUGCUUCUAACCACCACAAACCAAACACUAGUUAGUUUCAAACUCUCCACGCUCGAUGCUUACGUGGCUGAUGAUGUGGCCAACAAAAUCUCGGACGGUAACACCACGGAUGUGUUUGUGCUCGAGAUUUCGGUUUGCUACAGGUAUAGGCAUGAGUCGAAAGACGUGAAAAUUCCAGAACCCAAUGUCCAGAGCUACUACUGCAACGUUCCAAGUCCAAGUCCGAGUAUUCUCGGAUGA